AACAAACCUUUUAUUUCUUCUAAAGACUGAGUUUGUUACGACAGGAAACAAAGUUAAACAUUUUGCUGGAGGAUAAAAGGAGCACCUGGUCAGCUCACCUGCUCAUCAUCUCUGCAGUUUGAAGAUUAAAUCGGUCAAAACGUGUCUGACGGCCGUCUGACGCCUCUGAUCUGCUGCCAGCGUUUAGUCAGAGCCGGCGGGCAGCAGGAGGAGGUUGGCGUUGUGUCGGGGUGGCAGAUGGAUGUUUGAGCUCCUCGCAGACACAUAAAUGUCAUAAAUGAGGCUGACACUUCCUGUCUGAACUUCCUGUUAACAGCCGCAUUGUUUGAAGAGGCGUUAAAAACAGAAACUAGAGCUGGAGUUGUGCUGAUUCUGGUUUGACCCGUCUGGUGAAAAUGUCACUUUUUAAAAUAACGAGCUGUCAAGAGUGGUUGGCAUCAUGAUGAGGGGUGAAGAUGUGAGGACUCGAUCACAUCCAGGUCCUGUCUGCAGGUCCAUCAUGGUUCUGACGGGGAAGCGUUCAGAGAAAGGUCCUGCCUGCUGGAAGAGGAGGGUGAAGUCUGAGUACAUGAGGCUUCGGCAGCUGAAACGCUUYAGACGAGCCGACGAGGUCAAGAGCAUGUUCAACUCCAACCGUCAGAAGAUCCUGGAGAGGACCGAUAUUUUAAACCAGGAGUGGAAGACCAGGAGGAUCCAGCCGGCUCACAUCAUGAAGUCCGUCAGCUCUUUACGAGGGACCAGAGAGUGCACGGUGGACAGCGGGUUCUCAGAGUUCCCCCGUCAGGUGAUCCCCCUGAAGACCCUGAACGCCGUGGCCUCGGUUCCUGUCAUGUACUCGUGGUCUCCGCUGCAGCAGAACUUCAUGGUGGAGGACGAGACGGUGCUCCACAACAUCCCUUACAUGGGCGACGAGAUCCUGGACCAGGACGGGACCUUCAUAGAAGAGCUCAUCAAGAACUACGAUGGGAAGGUCCACGGAGACCGAGAGUGCGGCUUCAUCAACGAUGAGAUCUUUGUGGAGCUGGUCAGCGCUCUCACAGAGUACAGCGACAACGAGGACGACGAGAAGGAGGAAGAGCAGGACUUCAAGGUGGACAAGAUGGACCUGUGUGACGGCAAAGACCACCCAGAGGACCACCGCAAAGAGAGGCUGGAGGGACGGAGCAGCAGUGACUCCAGUAAAAAGUUUCCUUCUGAUAAGAUCUUUGAGGCGAUCUCCUCCAUGUUUCCUGACAAAGGUUCCACUGAGGAGCUGAAGGAGAAGUACAAGGAGCUGACGGAGCAGCAGCUGCCGGGCGCUCUGCCUCCUGAGUGCACGCCCAACAUCGACGGUCCCAACGCUCGCUCCGUGCAGCGCGAGCAGAGCCUGCACUCCUUCCACACGCUGUUCUGCAGGCGCUGCUUCAAAUACGACUGCUUCCUGCACCCCUUCCACGCCACUCCAAACACCUACAAGAGGAAGAACCUGGAGAACCUGGUGGACACCAAACCCUGUGGUCUGGACUGCUACAUGUACCUGGUUCAGGAGGGGAUGGUGAGGGACUUCCCUGCAGGCGGCGGUGCYGAGCGGCCCAAGACUCCCUCCAAGCGCCCGGUGGGGCGACGCCGCGGGCGGCAGCCCAACAGCAACAGCAACAGCCGCCCCRGCACCCCGACCGUCUCCUCGGAAACCAAAGACACCGACAGCGACCGCGAGGGAAGCAAAGAGGACGAGAGGGACAACGACGAAGACAAGAAGGACGAGACCACCAGCAGCUCCGACGGAUCGUCCAAUCACGUGUACAACUACCAGCCGUGUGACCACCCCCGGCAGCCUUGCGACUCGUCCUGUCCUUGCGUCACCGCGCAGAACUUCUGUGAGAAGUUCUGCCAGUGCAGCUCUGAGUGUCAGAACCGCUUCCCAGGUUGCCGGUGCAAAGCCCAGUGCAACACCAAGCAGUGCCCCUGCUACCUGGCUGUGAGGGAGUGUGACCCGGACCUGUGCCUGACCUGCGGCGCCGCCGACCACUGGGACAGCAAGAACGUGUCCUGCAAGAACUGCUCCAUCCAGAGGGGCGCCAAGAAGCACCUGCUGCUGGCGCCGUCCGACGUGGCGGGGUGGGGCAUCUUCAUCAAGGAGCCAGUCCAGAAGAACGAGUUCAUCUCUGAGUACUGUGGAGAGAUCAUCUCUCAGGAUGAGGCGGACCGCAGAGGAAAGGUCUACGAUAAAUACAUGUGCAGCUUCCUGUUCAACCUGAACAACG